AUACCUACCUACCGCGCUGACACAACAGAGAACGAACAGAGGAAGAAGACGAAGAAGAAGAAGAAGAAGAAGAAGAAGAAGAAGAAGAAUCAUAGCGCUCGCGCAUCGCCCGCCGGCAGCUGCAUAUUCGCCCGCACCCACCUUCGAUUUCUGCCGGCCCGGCGGUGGUUCCUCGGAUCAGAUCAGAUCGGAUCGGAUCGGAUCAGAUAUUGCAGGUAUCACAAGAGCAGAGUCUGAUCAACAAGUCCCGGCAUUUGUCCUACCAGUAUAUAUAGAAGCUAGUAAACAAUGUAUCCAACAAAUCACUACAUGGAUCCAUACUCCUCAUACUACAGGCAUCAUGCUCCCUAUCCAUAUUACCCCCCUCCUGGCUGGGAGGCUGGGCACCAGCAGAUGCCUGAACCGGACUGCUCGCCAUGUCGGCCACCGUAUCGCCCUUGGCCGUACAGUGCUAGCAUGAAUCACUCAGGCCUUCCAGAGUCCCACUCCCAUAGCUGCUGCAGCCACACAUACCCUCCUGGUUACUACAGUUUCAGACCCCCAUUUCCCCAAGAGAUUCCACCACCUCCUCCAUACUACCAUGGUCCAUUUCCACCGCAUCAUCCGAACCCCUACUCGCCAUCAUACUUUGGCCCACUCCCACCACCUUACCCUGUUGAUCAAACACCUUAUAGUGGUUAUGACAAGUUCAAGAGCCAUUGCUGUGGGUGUCCGAACCAUGUUUGCCAUGGUGAUGGAGGGCAGAAGAGCAACGUGAAAAUCGAAGAACACAUGCCUGAGAGUAACCACAAGGGUGCAGACAAUAAUUCCAGCAUAAUUCGAAACCCAAACUACCAGUACCCAGUGAUGUGGUUACCGUCCGGUGACAUGAAAGACAACAAGGGUAGUGGAAGAAGCUUUGAGUUUCCACCUCAGUUCUUCAGCAAGUGGUUUCCUCAGAGUGGAGAGAGGACAGAGGAUGUGAAGCCAGCCGAUGACAGUCAGAAGGCGAAACAACUUCAGUGGCCAUUAGUUUGGAUGCCACCAGGAUAUGGCGAGACCAAACCAGAAGCUAAAAAAGAGCCGAAGGAGAUCGAGCAGAGUCCAAAGAACACGCAAGAAGAUCCGCCUUCGCCGAAGAUCAAGAUUAUUCCCCUGUCAUGGUUUGGAAAUGAUAGUCAUGAUCAAAAGCCUGCCGCUAGGGAGGGCUCUGGAGAACAAAAUGGAAGAUCAUCAGCGACGAGUCAGACUGCAGGCACGGAGCGUCGGCAUGACACGACAGUGGAUGGAAAUUGCAAAACCGUCCCAGUUGUGCCCGAGAAACCAAACAGUGGAAAUGAACCUGCUAUUUCAGUUGUGCAGGAGAAACCAAACAGUGCGAAUGAACCUGCUACUAUUUCAGUUGUGCCGGAGAAACAUGGUGUUGAGAAGAAGGUUCAUACCUGCAGGACCAUCCCGGUUAUGGCUCAGAAAGAGAGUGAUGAGAAGAAGUCCUACAUGGGUGGAAACAAAGAGGAAAAGAAGGCCAUCAUUGUUCAGAAGGAGGGAGAAAAUAAGAAAAGCAACAAUGUUGAAUCAACAAAGGCUAAGCCUUCAAAAUUACCCCCCGUAUGCUUGCGAGUGGAUCCUCUGCCAAAGAAGAAAUCAGGAAACACAUCUUCAAGGUCAUCCAACCAAGCAACCCAGAAGGUUUGUGAAAAAGUGAAGGAUGUGAAAGAGGCCCAUGGCAAGAACCAGGAGACAAAGCUAUCAGAACAUCAGAAAGAGGGUAAGAUGCCGAUUAAAGAGAAAUCGUCUGAUGAGAUUGCCACAAAUACAGGACCUAGGAAUGUGACAGUGCUAGAUGCUUCUGUGAAGCAUGCGCAAGAGAAACAAGUUUCGACAAGCAUGACUGAUCAGAAGGUGCAACCUAGUGUCAGUGCUGAAGCGCAAGAAAAUGUCAGUGCGAGGAGCUUGCAGGAGUGUGACAAAAACCGAAAGGAGGAUGAGUUGAAGAUCCGAAGUGAAGCUCCAAAUUUAGCCUGCGAAAUCAAGUUAUCAUCACCAGAUGCCGCUGUUCGUAUUCAGUCUGCAUACAGAGGGUACCAUGUACGAAGAUGGCAACCUUUGGAGAAACUACGGAAGAUCAAGAAUGUACAUAAACAGAUGCAAGAUGUGGAGAAGCAGCUGCAGGCCCUCGAAGCUUCUUCAAAGCAGCCGACGGAGAAAGAGCACAUCGCUAUUAAUGAGACCAUCAUGAAUUUGCUUCUGAACCUUGACACCAUUCAGAACUUGCAUCCAGUUGUGAGGGAGGCUAGGAAGUCUGUUGCUCGACAGCUAGUUUGUUUGCAGGAGAAGCUUGACUCUUUGUGCAAGAAACUGCCUGCUGAACCAAAUCACCCUAAGAGUGAGGAAGCAAGUCUCACAGGAGUGGAUGGGGAACAAUUGCCUUCCUCAGUUAACUCCAACGAGUCUAUGCACGAUGAACUUUCAUCGGAAGUUGCCUUGAAGUUGAGCCAAGAUGGAGAUUCUACUGAACAGAAACAUCAGACGGAGGAACCAAGUACUGCAAAAGAAGAAGUGCAAGAUGAAGAGAAAGCUGCAGCAGCUGGUGAAUGUCAAGGAGUACCACCGACGGAUGUCAUGCCUGAUGCAGCUUCAUCAGGACUUAUCACUGAGAAGAAGCACCAAAUUGAAGAGCCAGGCAUUUUGAGGGAAGAAUGUGCUGAAGAAUGUUCAUGUCAGCAGCAGAAAGAUGGAGAGAAGGGUGAAGAAUCAUCAACGCACCACAUCGAGCCAUUGCAUUAUACACCUGCUAGGCAAAACUGCCACACUGAAGAAUCAGAUCAAAGGGUUUCUCGUACUACAACUGAGGAUGGCAAAACUUCAAUGACUACAGCAUGUAUGGACAGUGAAUUGGCUGCUGAUAAUCAGGACGGUUCGGCAGAAGGGGGUCAGGUGCAGGAAUCUGCUCCCGUUGGUAUCUCGUGGCUGAAACAUGAUGCUGCCCCUGCUGAAGACCAGUUCAAAGAACCAGGUGCUCCAUCCCUUCAUCUGGAGGAUGAGGAUUCUUCUGUGCCUUCAAAAGCUGCAGAUCCACAUGAAAAUGAUCCAGCCAUUGCAGAUGACUCCAUAGCAAUCAUGACUCCAGCAGAUCAACAAGAAGAGUCCGUCGAUGCCGACAUGCAGAAAGAAGUUGCAGAGACCAUGGUUGAUUCAGACAAAGAACCAAAUGGAAUGGGCGAUGCCGGUAACAUGGACUACGUUACCGGUGCAAAUGCAGAGACCACAAAGCAAGAAAAAAUUGGUUUGGUAGGACCAGAAGCGACAAGGCAAUGUGAUGUUUCUCAUAUGGGCGAUUCAGCCCUUGUGGAGCAGCAAAAUGAAGGUGGCUCUGCCAUGGAAAAUACUGUGAAUGAUGUCAUUGGAGUGGAGCCUGAAGCCAUUGCAUUGGAAAGCAGAGUCGCUGCCAUUGUAGAGGAGACUGAAGCUGUACCAUUGGAAAUCGAUGGCAAGACCACCGAAAAUACUCUGGAUGAUGCCGCACCAUUGGAGAACAGAGACAAAAUCAUGGAAAAUACUAUGAAUGUUGCAAUUGGAGAGGACCCUGAAGCUGCUGUACCACUGGAAGUCGAAGGCAAGACCAUUGAAAAUACUCUGAAUGAUGCAGUUGGAGAGGAGCCUGAAGCCGUACCACUGGAAAGCAGAGUCAAGACCAUGGAAAAUACACUGAACGACGCAGGAUGUCCGAGUAAAACGAGUGCUGAACCUGCCCUGCCUGAAAGUAGAGGCGACGGAGCACCAUGUGAACACGGCGGUGCAACGGUUUACGCCAAUCCUAACUCCAAGGUGCCUUCGGAGAGCCAUGGUGGCGAGCAGAAGGAGCAGGAUGAUGAUGGAGGUAAAGUAGAUGUUUCUGAAUCUCUAGCAUGUGCAGUAGGAGCAAAUUCUGCUGUACCUGCACAAGAAGCAGGCGAGCCGGAAGAAGGUGCUGCUGAAGGAGCAUUUCCAGAGGAAGAAGAAGCAGCGGCUACGGCCCCUGCGACUCGCGAUGAUGGCCUGAAGAGCAGCUACGACGGCAACAACACAGGAGUGAGCGACGAGAACCAGAAGCUCAAGGAGAUGCUGCAGAAGGUGCUCGCGUCCGGGAACGACCAGAUGGGGGUCAUCGCGGAGCUGAGCGACAAGGUGAAGUCGCUGGAGAGGAAGCUCGCGGCGCACAAGAGGAGGAGGCCCAAGGUGAGGGUGCAGCACCGGCCGGCCAGGGACGCAACGGCCAACGACGUGCACUGAAGAACGGCCAUGAUUGAUCUCUGAAGCUUCAGGCUAUGAAGCCUCCACCAACACUGUCUGUACUUCGUAUGUACUCUCUCUCUAGUUACAAAAUCUCUUAUACGUAUUCUGGUACAGAGGUACUGCUGUGCCAUGCUGCAGUGUACUGUUAGCGGUUCACAUGUACAGUUUAAGAGGGUGCUUGAUAUAUGUGUACCACCCGUGUCUUAUCCUUUCAA